AUGCCUGAAUUUCAUCACAAGGUUGAAACAAAGCACGUAUUAUGCGAUAAGGUACUCAGUGGAGACAAGGCUUAUAUCAAGGAACUCACGCAAAAUCGCUCAGUACUAAGGAAUAGUACGCUAGAUAUGUCAUGCAAAGAAAUAAAAGCACGUGUGCUACCGCCGAAGGUUUUGAAGAAAAUGGAGUUUGGUGUGGCUUAUGCUCGUGUCGUGCAUGAGAGUUACACUUUUGUCGAAGAUGAAGUCAGAUCUAGCUACCACCAACAAAAUAUCUUCUGUUUCUCAGUCGGCGCGAAACCCAGUGCAGACUUUUACUCCCGCAUCAAAGCGCUUUCAAGAUGUUUGCCUAAUGUGCUGCUGUCUCCAGUGCGUUAUAAUAUAAGUAGACAUGGAUACAAUAUGAACUUCGCCCAUUAUGACUGCCUUAAACUCCUCAACAGAUAUACAGGCUGGCAGUACGUUUUGUUGCUCCAGAAUUACGAUAUGGUAAUAAAGACUGUGUACGAAACAGUUUCGAUAUUGAAAGAGCUCGGCGGAGCUAAUGACAAUUGCGUAAGGCCAUGUGAAAGUGAUAGAUGGAAUCAGUCAUUCAGCUGGGAUGCACGAUCGUUAAAGCUCUUUCGCAACGAAACUCAAGCGUCACCGAAACAGUUAGCAGCUGAAUUACCAGAGAUUCGAGGAAUAGUGCAGUCCUCGCUAAGCCGAGCUGCUGUAGACUGGGCUGUAAGAAGUGUUGACCUAACAACGCUUAUAUAUCAACUCAACAGCGACGUCCGUGGGAUAGACGAGACGCUUUGGGCUACCCUGCAAAUGAGCGAUGAUCUGGAAAUGCCUGGAAGAUUUACUGGAAAGUGCAUUAGCGGUCAAACAUAUGUGCCUUGUAUUUCGAGGUCUGAACUCAAUUCAUUGCAUGAAACGUAUACCUUGCAGGAUUAG